AUGUUUAGUAGUUCAUGUGAUACAAUGGUUGCGAUGAGUGAUGUAACUGAUGAUGGUUCAAUUAUAUUUGGUAAAAAUAGUGAUCGUCAAGUAAAUGAACCAUUAGCGAUACGUUAUGUACCUGCUGCUACUCAUUUACCUAAUUCAAAAUUACGAACGACUUAUAUUGAAAUCGAUCAAAUUGAAAAAACUCAUUCAUGUAUAUUAUUUUCUCCUACAAAUAUAUUUGGUGCUGAAAUGGGUUUUAAUUGUCAUGGUCUUGUUAUUGGAAAUGAAGCUUUAUUUACUAAAAUUCCAUCUUAUUUGGAAGGAUUAACUGGAAUGGAUUUAGUUCGAUUAGUACUUGAAAGAUGUUCAACAAGUAGACAAGGAAAAGAAACAAUUAUUUAUUUAUUAAAUAAAUAUGGACAAGGAGGAAAUUGUGGUUUUACAUCAAAAUUUUAUUAUCAUUCAAGUUUUUUAUUAGUUGAUUCUGAAGAAGGAUGGAUUAUUGAAACUGUUGGAAAAGAAUAUGCAGCAAAAAAAAUAAAAAAAGGAAUUCAUACAAUUUCAAAUAUUAUUUCAUUUGGAAGUAUUCAAACAUUUGAUCAAUAUUCAAACAAUUUAAUUGAACAAGCUAUUCAAAAUCGGUGGUGUCAUUCAAUUGACGAUUUUCAUUUUCAAAAAUGUUAUUCAGGACUUUCAUUUUAUCCUAAACAAUUCUAUAAUGCUUUUAUUAAAACUCAUUUUUCAUGUGGUCAAAUAAGACAACAUAGAUCAAAAGAUUUAAUUGAAAAUUUAUCGAAAAAAUCAAAUGAAAAAUCUUUUCAAUUUACUCUUAUUGAUAUGUUUAAUGUUUUACGUGAUCAUCAACAAUCUCGAAAUUGUCCAUCAAAUGGUUUAACUAAUGUUGAUAUAUGUAUGCAUGCUGGAUUUGGACCAAUUAGAUUUAAUCAAACAACAGGAUCUUUAGUUUCAGUUAUUCCAACAUCAAAUAAUUCAAUUCCAACACAUUAUGCAACUUGUACAUCAUUAACUUGUUUAUCUAUAUAUAAACCAAUAUGGUUAUAUUCCAACGAAUCAAUACCUCCAACAUUUAUUUCAUCAUCAAAUAAUUCUAUUUCAAAUCCAUCUUUAACUUAUUCAUCAAAUAAUAUUUGGUGGAAAUCAGAAAUAACAAAUAGAAAUAUUUGA